GUUCGAAUUUCAUUCUUUCUCAAAAGUCUGGCUUCUCAGCAGCCAAAAGGCCAGGACAGAAGUGUCCCUGCAGGCACCUAGGGAGUUCUUGUGCAGUCUCUGCCCCACUCCUCCCACUCGGAGUUGGGCUUUGGCAUUCCAUCCAGGUACUCAAGCCGCUUGGGUGAGUCAGAGAAGCUGGGAACACCCACUGAGGCACGCGGCCCGCCCCUCAGUCCCAUCAGCAGAGAAGUGUAGGAGGUUGGAAGGGAAACUUCCCAGCAGCAAGUGGGCUGGACUAAGGGGUCAGUGACGAAACAGGGGGAGGCAGUGUUCUGGCAGAGUCCUGUGAAGUUGGCCCUAUGGCUUAAGAGAAGCAUCUGAGAAAGACCUGGUGAUUCUUGGCAAUCCCUGUUAUUUUGAGAAGAGGCUUCAGCCAACUCCAGGAAAAAAAUCUCCCAAACUCUGCGCAACUGAGGUUCCCACAAGGCGCACCGGGUGGAAGGUGUGAAGUCCAGCUCAGUCCAGCCAGAUUUUGUUUUGAGGUCUACAGCGCAGGCUCACGGGCCUAUGGGAACAGGCGCAUCCAAGCUAGGGCUGGGUGGAGUAUGAGGAGCCGCAGGUGCUGGGAACGAAUAUGCUGAGGCCUAGGACCGCGACUGACCAGGACCAGCAGGGCAGGAUCUGGAGGACCAGUACAGUCGGGAGCUGGCGGCCCAGAGGCCCAGCCGCACAGCCGAGACACCCAGACAGGCGCUCCGGGGGGCUGGGCCCGAGUUCCGGUUGGGGAUUCUGGAGAGGGCGGGUUUCGGACCAGCUUCCGGGGGCGGGGCCAAGCGCACGGGGCGGGGCUCCGGUUUCUCGGAUCCGGGACAGACUUAGCGGCCGAGCGGCGCUUGGAGAGGGCUCAGACUCUGGGCGUGAUGGAGACAGGCGGUGUGUUCGACUCACUCCUGUCCGGAGUGUGCGUGGUCUUCACCCUCGGCAUGUUCUCCACCGGCCUCUCGGACCUCAGGCAUAUGUGGAUGACUCGGAGUGUGGACAGCGUCCAGUUCCUGCCCUUUCUCACCACGGAAGUCAACAACCUGGGCUGGCUGAGUUAUGGGACCCUGAAGGGAGAUGGGACCCUCAUCGUGGUCAACGCAGUGGGCGCUGUCCUUCAGACGCUGUACAUCUCAGCAUACCUGCACUACUGCCCACGGAAGCGUGCUGUGCUGCUACAGACUGCAACCCUGCUAGGGAUCCUUCUCCUGGGUUAUGGCUACUUUGGGCUCCUGGUGCCCGACCCUGAGGCCCGGCUUCAGCAGCUGGGCCUCUUCUGCAGUGUCUUCACCAUCAGCAUGUACCUCUCACCACUGGCUGACCUGGCCAAAGUCAUUCAGACCAAAUCAACACAAUGUCUCUCCUUCUCACUCACCAUUGCUACCCUUCUUACCUCUGUCUCCUGGUCCCUCUAUGGGUUUCGACUCAGAGAUCCCUACAUCAUGGUGCCAAACAUUCCAGGAAUCCUCACCAGCUUUAUCCGCCUCUGGCUUUUCUGGAAGUACCCACAGGAGCAAGACAGGAACUAUCGACUCCUGCAAACCUGAGGCAGCUCACCUGAUUACUGGGCACCUUAAUGCCAAUUUUAUACCAAAGAGAGCUUAUUUCAGCUGGUCCUGCUGACCAGCCCCACCCCCACCCCCCACCCGGUGGGUUGUGGGAAUAAGAGACAACUUUGAGAUUAGAGGGACCAAAGAAACAGCUUUACUUAGAUGAUCCGGUGUGACCUACAAGAUGAAAUAACUUUUAUUUUUCAGAGAAAUUAUCUUUUUUAAUUUUGGAGGUCGGGGUGAUAGCUUUAGAAUAUGCCUUAAAAUAAAGUGUUCCUCACCCCU